AAAGCCGGAGCGUUUGGAGGUUAUUUCCAGAAGAGUUUAGGUAAGGACUUGGGAUCAUCUGCAAAGGAAGGAAAGCAACCGUUUCAGUUUUUAUUAUUAUUUUUUGCAUUGCAAUUUGUUGCAUUUAAAAAUAUAUAUAUAUAUUUCCCUGCACCGAAAUGCAAAGUUUUUUCACCUUUUAAAAAAAUAAUGCAUCUGCAUUUGAACCCCAGGGAAGGAGGAAUUUAAAGAUAAGGAGGGCGAGGAUAAAAGUCCGCGGAAGAAUAUUCCUUGGAGAAGCAGAAACAGAAGCCAGAAUAAGAAGACAGGAUAGCGUUUGCCGUGCAGUGAGGGUUUUUUUUGCAGCGAGGAGCAAAGGGGAGGAAUCUGCAGCCCCGGGAGCUCGUGAGUUUCUGCAGCCCCGGGAGCUCGUGAGUUUCUGCAGCCUCGCGCCCCCUUCUCCUCCCUCUUUUUUAUGUUUUUUUAAUUUUGCAAACCCGGAGAAGAGCUGCAAGCACCAUGAAGAACGCUUGGAUACUCCUGACUCUCAGUCUCUGCACGCUGGCUAACGGGGAGCUGCGGCAGUCUGUGUCGGCCACUAAGAUGCCUUGGCGUGAGGAGUUUUAUCUCGAGCAGUCGAUCGACAAAGGAGAGCCCGUGGAGUCCGGCAACUGGCCAGUCGACGAUGAUGACUACGACACCUCUGGAUCAGGCUCUGGGAAUUUUGAAACGGAGAUUGAAAUGGUGACCUUUAACCCGGCACAAGUCAACCCAGAGGUCAAGCCCACUGUAGACGCCUCGCGAGCAGUGACUGUGCGAGUGGAGACCACCACGCAGAAGAAAACGGGCAGGAAACCCGUCCGAACGGAGACAACUGUCGACACCCUGAUUAAAGAGGAGACAAAGAAAGGAGAUGAUUUUGUGAUUGAGAAACCAACUCAUAACACGGACGGAGAUGACGUCUCUGCAGAGAAACAUUCGGAAAGUCUUUUCCAGAGAACAGAAGUGCUGGCAGCUGUCAUUGCUGGAGGGGUCAUCGGUUUCCUGUUCGCCAUUUUCCUCAUCUUGCUUUUGAUCUACCGCAUGAGGAAGAAGGACGAAGGCAGCUACGAUCUUGGAGAGCGUAAACCUUCCACCACCGCCUAUCAGAAGGCGCCCACCAAGGAGUUUUACGCGUAAACCUUCAAGAUAUCUCCAUUUGUGAGAUCACUGAACUAUAAUAAUUAAAGCUCUUUUGUUUUUGCAUAGAGAUAAAUGAAGAUCUUUUCUUAACGAACAGCCAUCUUAUCUGGCUUUCUUUGUAACAAAACCCUGUUGUAUUUAAAACAUUCUCCUGUAUUCUUUAAAAAAAAAUGCCAUCUGAUCUAUUCUUAACGCUUGAAAGAUGUUGACAGUGAAUAUUGGCUCACUGAAUUUUUGAAGAGACAAGUUUAAAAGCUGCAUCUGCAAACAGAAAGUACGAAAAAUAUUUCUGUUUUCUUAAAUUUUCUAUCAGAGUUCUGUAAUUUUAGUCACAAUAAUGCAUAUAAAAUUGAUCUUGCAAGUAAAAUGUUCAUUAAUUUAUCUUCUUUGUUUCAGAUAUGUUAAGAUGCCUUCCUAUAGUUUCGUUGGUGCAAUUUGUCUUUUCCAAACAUAAUACGGAUAUGUGUAAAUGUAAUUUCUGCUCUGGGAUGCAAGUAAAUCUGGAUUCCAACUGUGCUUCAUGAUCAGUUCACACUGUACUGGAUAAUGCAUCUAGCAAAUGAAUACGUGGGCAGACGAGAGUUACAACAUUUAUUUUUUGGCAAAACCUGUAAAAAUCGUGGCCCCGGACACUGUAUUUGCGGAUCUCCUGUGCGUGAGAUCUGAUAUAAAAAUAAUGCUUAAUCAUCGACACACCCAAAGACGAUUGACUUCAACUGAGGCCUAACCUUGUACAAUAACAGACCUGUGUGUUAAUUUUAUCGAUUAUGUAUUAAUUUCUUUUUAAAAUUUGGUAGGAAAUGCCAACUUUGGACCAGAGGUUUU